CCAGAAGGGGGCGCGCGUCGCCGCGAGUCCCGCAUUGUUUGGCUCAGCUCCGCUGUGCGUGGACGUGAAACCCCACCCAAUGAGGAAGAACCCUCACCCCGCGAGCAGCAGCAGCAGCAGACCCGCACCGAGCUCGAGCCGCACCAUGAUCGCGCUGUUCAACAAGCUGCUGGACUGGUUCAAGGCGCUCUUCUGGAAGGAGGAGAUGGAGCUGACGCUCGUCGGCCUGCAGUACUCGGGGAAAACCACCUUCGUCAACGUGAUCGCGUCGGGUCAGUUCAGCGAGGACAUGAUUCCUACGGUUGGCUUCAACAUGCGCAAGAUCACCAAGGGAAACGUCACCAUCAAGUUGUGGGACAUCGGCGGUCAGCCGCGCUUCAGGAGCAUGUGGGAGCGAUACUGCCGCGGCGUCAGCGCUAUCGUGUACAUGGUUGAUGGGGCCGAUCCGGAGAAGAUUGAGGCGUCCAAGAACGAGCUGCACAACCUGUUAGACAAACCCCAGCUGCAGGGAAUCCCAGUUCUGGUUUUGGGCAAUAAGCGAGAUCUUCCCGGAGCUCUGGAUGAGAAGGAGCUCAUCGAGAGAAUGAACCUGUCGGCCAUCCAGGACAGAGAGAUCUGCUGUUACUCCAUCUCUUGCAAGGAGCAGGACAACAUCGACAUCACACUACAGUGGCUGAUCCAGCACUCGAGGACCCGGCGGAGCUGAGGAGGCGGAGCAAGCGUCUGAUUGGAGGAACCGCAUCAUGUGAUCAACUGCAUUUUAGACGCUUUUGAUUUCGUUCUAAACAAACAAGCAUCCGCCCCUCCCUGUGUUCUUAUAAACUAAUCCACAUCAUUUACAUCGUUUGAACGUUGAUUUUUACUUUCACUUGAAUGUGCUUUUUUUUAUACGGUUCGUCAUGAACAAGUCACGUGACGUGCUUCGGUCGUGCGUGUCGUUCUGCGUGUUUGCUCGGAGCCGUGAUCGAACCUCGACUCGACGCCCACAGCAUCUGUCCGAACCAGCGCUCGAUGGUCAUGUGACUUUGGGCGUUCGCGCCGCCAUCUUGUUUUAACGUUCCAACGUUGUGAGAACAUUCCACAUGCUCUCUGAUCGUUCACUGGGAGAAUUCGUUGAUGUACACUAUUGUUUUGCGGAUUAGUUUUUUUUGUAUUAUUAGCCUGUUAGCUGGACCUAGUGCUGGUGUCGUUUCUACGAACGUGACAUCAUCUUGUGUGCAUCAGGGUCCCUUGGUUUGCGUUAUUACUGUAGCAUUACCACAACUUUUUAUCUGAAAGCACAUGAAUCAUUUUGAAGAGUUAAACAUGUCCAAAUGAAGGUUUUGUACGUUUCUUUUGAGUCGCCGUGUCUACAGCGUUGUAUCGUUGAAGUGGGUGGGUUGUAAUGGCAACGGUUCCAAUCGCGUUUUUUUUUUUUUCUUUUUUCUUUUAGGAAUGUCAGUCUGCGAGUGCGUGCAGAGCAACAUCAGUGUUUUAUUUGAUGCUUAACGGGACACAAUGACAAAUGUUGAUCUGUCUCUGUUGGACCUGCAGAUCGUCGGGCUACUUAAAACAGCGGAGAUUCGGCAAAUGUUGCGUGAUUCUCCUGCUUAAGUCCAGUGUUGUUUCUGAACACUGUUGGGAGAGAUGAAAAUCUUGUGUUUUUUUUUUUUUAUUGUGAUUAUUUUGUUAAUUUAUCUGUUUUGUGUUUCAUUUUUGUCACACGUGGAUGUUUUUGGCCUAAAUCAUAACGGUUUAUAAACGCAUUGGUAGAUUAUACAUAUGUAAAUUGACACAUUUCAGUUGUUUUUGGCAUGUCUUUUCACAGUGUUUUUCAACUGGAUUAUGUAAAUAGCAACUUAAACCAAAUGAGAUCUCCCUCCUAAGCGUUACGGUGUUUGUCUUAGUGUGAUUAGCGUCCUAUGAUAAUAAUAAUAAUGAUAAUAAUAAUAAAGAAGACUCCGCUCAUAUCACAGCAAUCUGAAUGAAUGGAUUGUGUGUGUGUGUGUGUGUGUGCGCGCGAAAGUGAGUGAUGGUGUUUGUAUGCACAGAUACCUUGGUAUGACGACUAGAACAAUAUUUACGAUAUAAAUGCCUAAGGUUUACUUUUACGCAACUGUUAAUCACUUUAUAUUCAUCCUGUUCAUUCACUAAUGUUUGAUUGUCAUGAGAUCAUAGUCUACACAAGAGUGAACGACGCAAUGCGACAAACUGGUGGUAAUCAACACUGCUGCACUGGUUAAGAAGACAUGAUACAGUCAACAAUUGAUGUUACAAAGUUUGUGUUACGACACUGGUUACAAUGCUAACCAUAGCUACAAAAGAUUGUUUGCUACAAUACAACUGUCGUUGGAAAGUGACGCAAACAGCUGUGUUGACAAUAGCAGUUAUUUACGAAGUUGACUUUCAGUUAUGUAACAAUGUUGUGAACUUGCAACAUAGACAGACUUAGUAUAAUGACGCAGAGUGUAACAAAGUUGAUUUCUGACUAAGUCAUUUGCGAAGUCAACCUAAUUUACAUUCAUGAUUCACGGCAAAGUGAAUCAUCAAAAAAAAAAAAAUUUUCUGUAAGAUCAAGCUUGUAAAUGCCUUGUUGAAGUUGACAUUGCGAACGUCAUUUACGAAGUCAGUCUGAUGAAGUUGAAUUUGUUGGUAUUAACACCAUUUACAAAGUCAUACUUAUGUUCGUAAUUGACUUUGUUAGCAGUUGAAUUACACAACUUUAUUAUGUGACUUUGUUAGGUUCGGUAAUGGCUUUGUCAAAGUCAGCUUCGUUACCCUCACAUAUUAAGGUCAUUCUAGUAGCGCACAACUUAGUUGUUUAACAUCGAGUUUGAUAAAUUAUUAACGUCUUUGUUUCUGCUGCUCGUUGAAGCUCAUGUUGACUCCUGUCGUCAGUUCAUCAUGGACAAGAGCUCAUCCGCACUCUUAUCGGUUUCUGUAUGUGUGUUGAUUUAAAUAUUUUUUGUCUAAUUACAUGUGGCCAUAAUGUUUGUUUUGAUGUUUUAAUGGUUAGUAGCAGUGUCGCGCCCUUAUGUUUGUUGGGGAGUCAUGUGAUCCUCCCCCCCUGCAUGACUUCAUUAUGGGAUUGAGCUGGUUGCCAUAGUUACUGUAUAAACAGCGUGUGAUAGGACCGAGCUCGAUGAUGGCCCCCCCCCCCAUACCCCUUUAUAUGGACUAUAUAAAGUAAGUUUUUAAAGCAGUCACAUAACAGGCGUUCCUGUACCAGACUCCAUCAGUUGAGAUGUUCACUUGGGAUCUUUCUAUUCUCUCGUACUCGCGGUGAUAACUGUACAUGUUGUUCUUGUUAUUUACAGAUUAUUUAAAAAUGAAAUUAAAUGAUUCCCCUCUCAGAA